AUGCCACGCACUCCGACUAGUAUCAAUGCAGUCUAUAAUUCCGUGGAAGCGAAAGACGUCACAGUCCGUGUGGAGCUCGAUGUAUCCAAGGAUCUCGGUGAUGAGUUGGAAAUUCUAAAUCGCCUUUCACGUACCGGCAACUUUUCUUUGGGCAAAGAGUUCUUCAACUCUCACCUGAAAGCACAUAUCGAUGACCCAGCUGUUUUCGUACAGUACGCAGAAAUGCUGCUCGAGCAAGGAGACUUCAAAUCUUUGCUGUUGCUAGACGACAAACCCAUAUUCUGGGAAUACGGAAAUCAACAACUCCAAGAACCAAAGUCUGGAAUCCAACGGUUGGAGCUUAAUUGGAAGCUUAUCAGGGCGGUUGCUUUGUGCCAUAGCCAGCACACACUGAGCAGCGUCUGGGAGGGCAUAGAUGGAGCUGCGAAGGUAGUCCCAAGCGCGUCGGCAACCAAUUCUACUGAGCUCAAAAUCUUCAGCUUGGCGGUACGUUUACGUGAGCUCACUCGUACACAAACAAUCUUCAACCUCGAUGAAAGAAAUUGGAGGGAGUGGACGGACUGGCAGGGACUUUACAGAAAGCUCCUGUCCGAAGACAGGAUAUGGGACUUCAGAGACGUAUUCUUUGCGUUGAGUGUGUCCCGCAGCACAAAAGAAGCGUUGGCUGAGCUUGUUGGCUCUGCAUCCCCUUCAGACCAAAUGCUUGCGGACUGGGAAACGGGUGCUCCGGAUGAGUCUACCAACCUUGCAUUGCUCGAAAUACUGUCCUUCAUGGCGCUCAACGCCGAGACACAUCCAGGAGUCCUGCCUUUCGCUGGAGAAUGCCUGCGAUCAGCCGAGCGCAUCGGCAAUUCAAUCAUCAGCAACUUCCCACAUGCAGUCCACACACGACCAUUCAUCCAAUGGAUAGUUGCCAAGGCUUUGUUCGACUCAAGCAUACUGGAUUUUGAAUACCUUCUCGACUAUCCUGGACAAGUCUCUUUCUACAGUGGGGAGGAAAUGCCAUACUACAUCCCGGUUCGUAAAGAGAAUCCUGAGUGGCAGCCACGGAACCUCACAGCUAUAGCCCGUGAGAGUCUCACAAUGGCAGUCAGCUCAUUCAAACAGAUGCAGGACUACCAGUCGGAAGCGCGGUGUCUGAAGCUGUUGGCUCUUGGGACGAAGGCACCCGAAGGACUUUUAGAUGACUUGGCCCAUCUCCAAAAGUCGAAGCAGCUUGACAAAGCUGGCUAUCUCUCCACGUGUCUGUCGAGAUACCUGACUUGCAAUGAUGAGAGCUCAAGGGCGUCACUUCUCAGAGACCUGGAAAGCUUUGGCUGGUGGCGUGACCCGGCCAACGUUAUCGACCCAAACGCAGCAGCGGCAAGGGACGUUCUGCAGCAUGCAUUAUCACAGAACGAUGCCAAUGGAGCCACAAAGAGCAUGGAAGCGGCUUUAAGAUACUACGAAUAUCUGGACGCUUCAUUUGCAGAAACCAUAAAUCGGAACAUUUCACCAUCAUCGGGGGCGGGGCUGGAAGCGCAGGGAUCGAGAGAGAAUAUCAACGUAGAUGAGCAGAGGAAAGCUGAAGAAGAAAUCAACGAACAAAUGAGACUCGAAGCUUGA